AUGAUUGAGAAAGAUCGACAACAAUCAGAGAAAACUGACAUUAGCAAGGAGGACAAAAUUAUUAUUAUCAAGCGGUUGCCUUGCAGCAAUACUCGAUGGAUUUUAGCGAUAACAAUCGUAGUCCUUUUAAUUGCUAUAAUUGGCUUGGUUGUCGGACUAAUACCGAGGUCCAGUUCUCAAUCUCAAGUUGGUACACAAAUUGUUACAACAGUUUCAAGUAUUAAAUCCACCAUACAAACACAAUCAUCACCGUCUAAAAUUACGUUUCCUACAACAUUACCAAUUAACACCAGAAAACCUACCGAUGACUACAAUACAAUUCCAUCUACUCCCGACCGUGUUAGCACUCAUGCUCCCAUUACAAAUCCAAUUCCAACUUCCAAGUAUCCUGCUAUGAACAAUCCCCGUUUACCGAAACAAAUUAUACCUGUUCAGUAUUGGUUUCAACUCGAGAUUAACGUUAAAAAUUUAAACUUUUCCGGUUAUAACAUUAUCGAAUUAAACGUUACAUCACCCACGAAAUUAAUAAUUGUUCAUGCUAAGCAGCUAACAAUGACUGCAGUUCCUCAAGUAUCUAAUACUCGUGUCGCGACGGCUAAUACAAUCUAUUAUCCCGUCAAAGAACACGGCUACUACUUUCCCAAUCAAUAUUAUUAUGUGGCAUUGAAAGAUUCUCUGAAUGUUGGCAUUUACUAUAUUAAAUAUCAAUUUCAAGCACCUUUAAGUCGUGAUUUUCGGGGAUUAUACGCGUAUCAUUACACAAGACAAUCUGAUCAACUUAAAAUAUGGGCAGUAGCAAGUCAAUCUCAACCUAAUUAUGCCCGAAGAAUAAUUCCUUGCUUUGAUGAACCAUCCUUUCCGGCUGUCUUCGUUGCGAGUGUAAUCGUAUCGAUGGACUAUAGUGCAAUAUCAAAUACUGAAAUCCUAGAUAUACAGCCUUACAGCGUGAACAAGAUUCGCAUUAGAUUUGAUCCUACUCAUCGUAUGCCAAGUUACUUUCUAAGUAUCAUUGUUCAUAAUUUCCGCCGGAUUCAACAAAAAACCAGGGCCGGAUCCUCGAUUCGUAUUUGGGCUAGAAGAGCAAUCUACCAAGACGGGCAAAAUGCUUUGACUGCAGCCGUAAAUAUAACGAAUUAUUUCGAAAAAAUACUAGCUAUUAACUCUCCCUCAAAUAAACAAGAUCAUGUGGCACUUCCUACAUUUACUGCAGAUACCACCGCAAAUUGGGGAGUCCUAAUUUAUCGGGAGGAUUUUUUACUUGAUAACAAUUCCUACUCUUCGUCAAAACAGCAGCAACGAAUUGCAGUUACUGUUGCCUAUCAAAUUGCGCAAAUGUGGUUUGGAAGCUUACUAACAAUUCGUAAAUGGAACGAUUUAUGGCUUCCAGAAUCACUCAGUUGCUUCUUCGAAAUAGUUGGAGCAGCAUAUUACCAGCCUACAUUCCAACUAAUGGGUCAAUUCAUUGUCGAUCAUGUUCAGUUAGCUCAGAGAACAGAAGGAGUGCUUAAUUCUUACCCCUUAGUAUCGGCAACGGAGCAUUCCCUGACGUUUUCGGAUCCUAUUUAUUGCCAUAAGGAUUACUUGAAGUAUCACGCAUAUCGAUUCGCGAAUGCUGCUUCCUUAUUUAAUGCAUUGACUAAGGCAACUAAGCACCAAAAAAAUGUAGCUAAUUUCAUGCACCCCUGGAUAACUCAAAGAGGCUAUCCCAUAGUUAUAGUCCAGCGAGAUCCACAAAAUAUUGACGGCGCCAUUUUAACUCAGCUUCCAUUUACUUCGUCAGUUUGGUCUAAAAACAGUGAUGGAUGGCACAUUCCCUUCACUUGGUAUUAUGGAAGCUCUCCCAAUAAUAUCUAUCAAAAAGUAAUUAACAGGACCUCAGCAACUACUAAGAUUUCUUGGCCCAGAAAUACAUGGAUUAAAGCAAAUUUUAAUCAGUAUGGAUACUAUCGCGUAAAUUAUCCGCUAUCAAAUUGGCACGCUAUUUCAUCUGCUCUUCAGUCUAAUCCUCAUCAAAUGACGAAAUUAGAUAUCUCCAGUUUAAUGGAUGAUGCUUUUGAGCUUGCCAGUUUGCGAAAUUUAAGCUACUCAAUUCCGCUUAAUAUGACCAAAUAUUUAAAACAAGAAACUACUUAUUUGCCUUGGAAAACAGCCAAUGUACAUAUGAUGAAUAUCAUGCAAGCAUUUCUACUUCGACCAUCGUACAAUGCGUUUAAGAACUAUUAUACGAAAAUUUUAACACCCGUUAUCACCGUGGUUGGUUAUCAAGAUACAGGACAUCAUAACCAUAAAUUACUCCGAUCUCUCGUCGUUAAUUCAGCCUGUUUACUUGGCAAUCAAUCCUGCAUUAAUUAUGCUUUAACAAUGUUCAGAAAUUAUAUGAAUAAUCCUGCAAACACAGCAAUUCCAGCAAAUCUGCGAUCGGUGGUAUUCCGUUAUGGUAUUCGAUAUGGUGGAGAUGCAGAAUGGAAUUUUCUCUAUAACCAUUUCAAACAUGCUUCAAAUCUGAACGAUAAAAUUAGAAUGAUGCGUGCGCUAUCAUUUUCAACCCAGAAAGCUAAUCUUCAAAGGUACCUGAACGAUUCUAUCGCAGAUACACUGAAUCCAUCAUACACACUAACAAUACUUGACUGGGUAGCUCAGCAAGAUAUUGGAAGGAGCAUAGCUUGGAAUUUCGUACGGGCUAAUAAAAAAUAUUUUAUGAACAGAUUUGGUACCGUAAGGGUCCCAACAGCGUCUAUUUCUAAGCACUUUAAUACUCAAUUUUUAUUCAAUCAGGUACAACAAUUUAUGACAGCUAACCCCGACAAAAAGGUUAAUGAAUUUCCACUUCCUAAGAAACAAACGAUUCUUUUUAAGGUGCAAAAGAAUAUUGACUGGCUUCAGCACCACGAGACAACUUUGCAAAAGUGGUUCAAUGACAACCUCAAAUAG